GUUUGUAUAAAGAUGGCGGAUGGUGAAUUCCGAUUAGUAUUAUUAAUUUGUAUGAAAAAGGCAAACUAGAUUUGUUAAUCAUACUCGCAUCAUCAAAAAAUCAUUAAUAUAAUUGUUGAUAAAUUCAUAAUUGAAAUGUCGAUGAUUGCAAAAAAUCGCAUUCAUAGUACUUGGACUCCUCUCAGCAACGAAGAAACAAAUAACAAGGUGUGUCACUAGUGUCAGUGUCUCAGAUUUCGUAGUACUAUAGACUAUAGAUACUAGUACGUCACUCAAAAAAUAAAUUAAUAAAUAUUAUUACUAUCUAGUUUAUGUCAGUAAUGAAUAAAUCAUGAAUCAUGUCAUUUUCCGUUUUUUCGUCUUCAUUCCAGUGAAUCCACCCCACAGCAAACACCUUACAGACAAUAAGCCUAUCUGAAUCUGACCUAUCUUCAUUCAGAUUAAUUCAAAUAAUAUAAUUCACUGCUAUUUUAUCUAGCCUAUUUAAAUUGAGCAUUAAAAUUUUUUAUACUUAAAAGUUAAUUUAGACCUAACUGAUCUUCUAAAGUAAAGAAAAGCUAAUGUUGAGUGAUGAUAACAUUGAUGAUGUCCACAUUGAACACACUCACUUAAGACUUAAACUUAAGUCUCACUCACUGCGCCCCCCCCCCCCCCCCCCCCCCCCCCCCCCCCACACUCAGCCUCUCUGAUCAGAGUAUAUCAGAGCAGUGCCAGUAUAAAUUCUACUGUUCUAGACUGUUGCUUAAUUUGACAUUAAACUAAAUUACUUAAAAUUCAUCCUCCACCAUUUAUUGUAACUGAUGUAUAGUAUAACACAUUCACAUAACUUAUUUAUAUCUUCAUUACUUCAUGAUAAUAGCAUGUAUACUUUAAACAGAUUUAUUUAAUGAUACCAUUUUACAUAAAGUAAAAGUAAAGCCUUGCCUUUUAUUUGUUAUUUUCCCAAUUUUAUAUUACUAUAAAUUGUCAAAAUCAGGAAAUAAGAACUCAUUGUGAGUGAAAACUUGAUUUUAAAAAAAAAUAAAAAAAUAAAAAAGUGCUAUUUAUUAAUUUCAGAAACUAAUUUUGAAAAGUAAAAUAUUGAAUUUUAAAAAUGAAAAAGAUAAAAAAAAUUCAGUCAUAAUCAAUAGGAUGCUCUGGCUCUAGGUUAGAAGACUUCCCAUGAUGAUUUUUCAUUCGAAUAUCAUUUUUGUAAGUAAUUUAACAUGUUUCAUUUCAGAUAUUUGAGGAAAGGAUAAACCUUGUCAGUAAAUGGGUGAGUAAUUUAAAUGGAAAAUUUUAAUUUUUUAAUACCAUUUUUAUCUUAAACCAACCGUUAUAAUUCCUCAUUGUACUUGUAAUUUGAUUUUUUUAAAAAUACAAAUUAUAUUAAAAUAAUAGUUUUUAAAAGAAAUAUGAAUUAAUGAGAGAUAAUUAAUUUUUUCAGUUUCAAAAGUGGACAGAUGAUCAAAGGAAAAAGCUUUUUGAGGAACUUGUGGGAAAUAGCAAAACCAAACAGUUGGAAUAUGCAAGAGAACUUAUAGAUAGCAGAGUUCCGUGCAGCAAGGAUGAUUUCACUAGAUUUUUGCCUCGUGUCAUCACAUUGUAUAUCUUCUCAUUUCUUGAUGCCAGAAGUUUGUGUCAAUCUGCCCAAGUAUGUAUUUAUUUGUUUUAAUGUUCCAUAGUAUAGUGAAACUGAUCCCAAAUAUUAAUAUAUGUUAAAUAGUUUGAUAAGUCAUACAUUUUUAAAGAAUUUUAAAGAAUUUAAACAAAAAAAUCAUAUCACUCUUAAACUUAUAUAAUUUUUUUGUGUGUGCCCUCAACCCCUUUGUUUUUGGAGAGUUAAGACAGGCUAUUUCUUUAUCUACUGCCAAUAAGGCUGCUGUAUUCUAUCUUUGGUGGCUAAAUAUUUUACCCUGUCAUUUUCCUUCUACCCAAAAGCUGGCUGAUGAAUUAUAAUAUUCAUAAAAGCGCUUCAGAUUUGUUUUUUGCUGGCCUGAAUUAAAUAAUUAUAGUUAAUUGUUAUAUGUUUGUCAAUAUAAUUAUUCUUACAUAAUUUUAUGCAAAAAUUAUUUAAUGUUAUUUAACCAUUCUAUGGGUGAUUACCAUGCUCCAUUCUUCAUCAUUUGUUAGAUGACCAUGUUCUAUUUAUCAUCCUACUCUAGAUGACUAAAUUCCAUCCAGUAAAUGGUGGUGUUGAAAAUUUAUUAAACAACUAAUAACACCUUGUUUUUCGUGGAAAUAUUUUUUUUUUCAUUUUUAUUUUACUUUAGCAGUUUAAAUAGUUUACAUAUUUUUAAUAAUUGUAAAGGGCUUAGAGCUGUAAGGUAAGCGCUAUAAAAAAAUGCCUAAAUAAAUAAAUAAAUAUCAGAUAUCUAGAAACUAUAAAAAUGAUCUAAAUAACAAGACGUUACAGUUAAUAUGGCAUUUUUAAUCUGCAUUUCAAACGGCUAUACAUACCCUUUUGUUUAGCUUUGGAGGCCUAGCUAAUCACUCUGUAUGGGCCCAGCGAAAGGGCCAUAUCAGUAUUUAAUUUGUCCAUUUAUUAAAAUUAUUUUCUUUGUUGAUAUGCAAGUAAGGUCAUUUUCAUUCUUAAGACCAUGGGUUCAAUAACUUGAAAGUGUAAUCUUAGGUUUGCUGGUACUGGAGAUACCUCAGUGAGCUGGACCAGCUCUGGAUGCCCAAAUGCCUACAUUUUGGAUGGUACUUGACCUUCACACCAAGUCCCUAUGAAAAUGGAGUGUGGAAAAGAAACUUCAUAGAACAGUUCAAAAUUGUGCAAGCAUUAAUGCCAAAGGUAAAUUCAUUUGAACAAAGGGAGUCCAGGCAUAUUUUGAAAAUUUUUUAAUUUAAUUCUUUCACUAUUUUUCCUUUACAUCAAUGGUUUUCAACUAAUGUUUUCAGGAGAACAAAAACAAAACAUUACAAAUUCCCCUUUAAUGUAAAAGAUGAGAAUUCAUUUAAAAACUUUAAACACUUUUUUGCUUAUUUUAAAUGAUACACUUUGACGAACUGUGGAAAAAUUUUAAUAAUGAAAAAGCUUUUUUUGGACAAAAUUUUCUUUGUUCAAUGGUAAGUACAUUUGGAUCCACAAUAUUUUACUGUAUUAUUUUGAAGAAAAAAAAUUUUCAGAGUCCACCGACGUCACGCAUGAAUAAACUAAAACUUGAUGACAAACUAUCUGAUAAAAGUGGCAAAAGUAGUAAAAAGCAAUCAGGCGUGGCCCCAUGGAGGGGUUCGGAUCCAGUUCCGAAAGACACCUGGAGAUAUAACUAUCUCAACAAUGAUGAAGUCCUGGACCAAGUCUCAAAACUGUAAGUGAGUCAAGAGAACCUUAUCUCACAAUGUAACCCAUCUUGAUUUGCUAAUCUUAUUAUACAAGCAUUAUUAAUGGCUAGUCUUAUAAUUCUAUAUAACCCAUCUUGACUAGCUUAUUUUGUUAUAUUUUGUAGCUUAGCUUGAUUUUCUAAUUUUGUCAUACUAUGUGACCCAACUUUGUUGCCAAAAACUUUUAUGUAGACUAAUUUCAUUGACUAAUCUUGUUGCAUUUGAAUAACCCAACUUUACUGGUUAAUCCUGACUCAGCCCUGCAAUAUAAAUGUAACCAAUAGAAACAGGGCUUUAGUUCAACUUGUUUAGGUAGUAUUCUCUUUGCAUAUACCUCGACUUGGUAUUUUGGCUUACUUCGGCAUCCCAAUUGAUACGCUAAUCUUGUCAUACAACUUGAUUGUCUAAUCUUGUCAUACAACUUGAUUGUCUAAUCUUGUCAUACAACUUGAUAGGCUAAUCUUGUCUUGCUAAAUAAACCAGAUGUAUAUUUGCAGUACUAAUUUCUUUCCAUUAAGAUCAACAUUACUUAAAAUGAGUCAGAAGUUGACUGAAAAGUUUACAUUUCUUUCUUUUACUCCACAUGGAUUGUUGCCAGGAGCAUUAUCAAACCUAUUUUUAAUUACCAUUUGUUGAUUUCUCAUGUAUUUUUAGUGUCAAAAAGUUUUAUAAGGAUUAAACUUGAGGAUAUUUAUUAGCAAAAAAAUUAGUAAAAUAUAACCACCUUUGAAUAUUUCAGGCGGCAAAAAAAAACAUAUGGCUCAUCAACUGAUGAAAUUAUCAAGAAUGCUCGCAGUAAGGUGAAAACUGGCAACAAUGCACUGAAUAUGCUGAGCAGGUCACAAAGUUUAACUGUAAGUUUGUUUAUCUUAUGUUACUAUGAAGACAAAAUGAACAUUUUAUUUUAGACUAAAAUGAAAUUCUUGUCAUAUUUCUCAAUCAAAUUUAAAAAUAAUAAUAUCUUUAGAAUCUCUUAUAUUAUUAUAUUAUGCUUGUGGUGUGACUGCUUCCAUUUCCAGAUAGCGCGCAAAAUAUAACGUUAAAUGAUUUUUUUUUUUUAAAUGCAACUGUGUUUGGUGCGUAAUAUUUUCUUUUCGGAAAAUGAAAUUGUCUCAAUUUCUGUAUGGUGUAAUAAAUAUUCUGUUUAAAAGUGUUUGGCACAUCCGAAUAUUAAAAUAGUUCAUGGGCAAGAAAUAAAAAGUGUGCAGUGAUGUAUCAUGGGGAAAUCAGAGUAGCAAAAAUUAGGUUUCUUAAAUAUUCAUUACUUGAGUUCAAUUUUUGUCAAGUAACUUUAGUAGAUAGGAAGUUCACUCAUUGCUGUGGCCAAUGUUUGGAGAGCUAUAUCUAGUAGAUGAGAAGUUCACUCAUUGCUGUGGCCAAUGUUUGGCGGGCUAUAUCUAGUAGAUGAGAAGUUCACUCAUUGCUGUGGCCAAUGUUUGGCCAGCUACAACUAGUAUAAAUAUAUUCAUGCUAUUGUUUCUUUUUUUCCAACAGCGCAUUAGCACACCUAUGGGUGAAACAGAGAGGCCCAGAUGGGCGCGUCAGGGUACACAAUCCUCAUCUCAAUUCUACCACAAAAACAAGAUGACGGAAAAUGGUGUCUUGGCAAAAAUCACCAGGCCUGCCCCGGUGAGCCCACCACCGAGAAGAGUGCACUCCAGACCUGCCACAUCACGUACACCGAGGGAUCCUCCCAGUAAGACCCAUAUAAUCUUUAUUAACUCAUUCCCGACGGUUGCGACUAAAUGCGUCCUCGGGGGGUUCCUCCUGAUGCGUCCAAAUGCGUCCCGGCGCAUAGCGACACACCUCUCUUAUUUUUAGUUAAAAAUAGCAAUGAAAUCUCGCACCCCUCGAGACUUCCGGCUAUGGCGUGAUUUCUGCGUGAUUUUAAUUUAGAAACCGGAAGUUUUUAUCUUGUUUCACUUUAAAACUACGUGUGCUUUAGUACGGCGCGUCUAUAUGUACCAUGUGUUCGUCCGAGGUGCCGAAAAUCGAUUUUUUUGGCCAUUGUUCGUUAUUUUUCCCCCGCUAAUGUUAUAUUUAUAUUAAACCUUAUUCAUUUUUUGUUGCAUUUGUUCUUAAUUCAUUAACAUUAAAUAAUAUUUAGCAACUUAAAAAAAUAUUAUAAAAAUAUAAAUCAAUUUCAAAACUGAGUUGCUUCCCUUUUCUCAGGAAAAUAAAUUAAGUCCGGAAGCAGCGCUGCCGGAGGGAAUGAGUUAAUGUGAUUUUUAUCUGUCAGAUGAAGGAGUCUAAUUUUCUGGUGUGAGAAAUGGUUUAAAAAUGGACCCAUGCUAUAGAUGACCACCAUUUUGUCGAAUCAUUAUCAGCAACUUUAGUGAAUGUAUUAUAGAACUUCUUUCCUUAGGUAGCCAAUUUCUUGUUCUUGACCAGAGUUUCCAAAACUUUUAAGUUUGGGUGACCGGUUGACAGAUUUAUUAAUCAUUGUUCUUUUUAUUGGACGUUAAAUAUGUCAUAAAACAUUAUGUAAUCCUUAAUCCGCAAAUUUCGAUCGGAAGUGAUUAACUAUCACCAUUAAAUGUUAGCCAUUAAUAGUUUUGUUGUUCAGGCUGUUUUAAAAUUUAAAAAAUAGUAGUCUUUGCCCUAGACCUGAUAAAACUUCCUCCCAAUAGUAAAACGUUUCUUCCUGUAUGUCAGUGGUUCUUUGACGGGGAGGUUCACACAGCUGCUGGUUGUGCAGUAGCCAUGUGUAGUUGAGAAGACCCAGAAAAUCUGGAUUAUUUGUAUUAUUUUUGUAUUUGUAUCAUUUGGGGUGGGGAAGAUGGGUUAAAUGGAGCUCUGAAGUGAGAUCUUUUUGAUGGAGAUCUGGUAAAAUUUCUUACUGUUCCGAGCUCUAAAAACGUUAGUUUAAGAAAAAAAUUCAACAAUAUAUCAUUUGUGCUUUUUAAUAUAUUUAAUUGAUUUAUUAAAAUUGAUACCCCACUCUUCUUAGCAGCUAUGUUAUACCACUCAUAGCUGUUGCCAAAUCUUCUACCAGCCUUGUUGUCCCACUAUUCUUCUGCUUGUUGCCCCACUAUUCUACAGUUAUGUUGCCCGACUUUCUUCCAGCUAUGUUGCCCUAUUCCUUUAAAGCUGCUAUCCCACUCUUCAAUCAUUAUCUGUCUUGCCCCACUCUUCUACAGCUUUGUUGUCCCACUCUUCAACCAGCUGCUGCCCCACUUUUCUACCAGCUAUGGGACUGGUAAAUGCAAUUCUCAUGCCUAGUUAAUAAGAUGGGUAAAUUGCAACAAUGAACACAUUUCUUUUAACACAUAGCAUCGCCGCACCCCCCCCCCCCUCUUUUUUUUUCCAUUUCAACCACACCUUCCUCUUUUCCCAGAUAAAAUAAUCUUAAUCUUGAUCAUUUGAAUGCCGUAUAUUUUAAAUCAUUGUAGCCUUUUAAAUGCACAUAAACUAAUUGUAAAUAAUUUAGGCUGUGUUGAUAAGAGAGCUUUGUGAUUCAUUUGGUCAUGAAGGACAGAUUACCAAUGAAUAAGCAAAAGGACAGUUUGCCAAUGAAUAAGCAAAAGGACUGUUUGCCAAUGAAUAAGCAAAAGGACAGUUUAACAAUGAAUAAGCAAAAGGGCAGAUUCGACUUACCGAUUAUCUACAGGUCAAUUGGCGCAAACCUAAACUAAUAUUCCAUAUACAAUUUUUUUUACAAAAUUUUUCUCGGAGCUUUCGUGGCAACUGCAAUGGAGCUUUUGGAAAAAAAAUCCUGCCUCACACUCCUUGUUAAGAACCUCUGACGUAAGGUGACUAGGCAAUGGUUCAUAUCAUGUUAUUUUGAAGAGAAAAUUGACCUUUAAAUUUAUCACUUUCAUUUUAAACCCAAUCAGUUAAGGUUGAGGUAUGUGUCCUCUUCAAGGGGCAGGUUUGUCACGUAAUAAAUAAUAAGUGAUACAAACUUGCAAGAUUUUUUGGACAUCAAAGUUGCUGAGGAGUAUGGUACACUUCCAUCAAGUGGAUGCAGAUUGUUUUGUGUGUAAUCUGGUAUCCCUUUUUUUCUUCAUAGAAACAUUGGUUGGGGUUGCUAGUUGAGGCAUGAUUUUAUACAGCCACAAUUUUAAAAUUCAAUUUUGUGAGGUCUUUUAAUCGAUAGGUUUCACAUUUCUUAAAAUUUUAAUCAAUCGGACACAAAGUGUCAGCUUUCCAGGCUCCUCUUGAUGCAUACAAUGCGUGGUAUUCUUAUGCUAUAGACAAAUUCGAUUUCUUUAGGUUUUUUUUUAAAGGAGACUAAAGCCUCAGACUUUUAUGGACCGAUGACUGAUCUUGUGCAGACGACAACAUUUAGGCUUGCAGACCGGCCCUAGUCCAUGAACCACCAUUUAGGGAACGCUGUCAUAGGCAACGCACUUUAUUUGUUAAAACUAAAAUUAACAUGAAAUUUUAAAUAAUUUUUUUUUCUAAAUCAGGUACAGAUUUAUUCCCCCAAACUCCAUGGAAAGUUCCAGCACAAGUAGACUCAGAUGAUGAUGACCACUGACCUUGACACAGAAAAGACCAGUUGUGUAUUUAGUUGCUUAGAUUAGAUGCAAAAUGACCAACUGAAAGGACAUGAGGAACAAGAUUAUUUUUUAAUAUUUUAUUAAACGCUGACCAGAGGGCCGUAUGUAAAUGUAUGUUGGUCACAAUGAGAAUUUUUACUAAUGUUUUAAGUUAAUUUGUUAACAUACAUUGGAAAGAGGAUUUGGGGUCAGAUCUGGGUCAUACAAUGAAAAUUAAAUAUGAUGCCAAAAUAUUGAAAUUUGUUGAUGUGAUAUUUUAAAAACCUGUUCUUAAAGUCACCUGUAACCACUACUUUUUGUAUGAAAUGUGUAAAAGAAAUGAAGAGCAGAAUUGCUCAAAUCAUAUUUUUUUUAAUGGGUGUGAUAUAAGUAUAUAGAAUGGUCAUUUAAGUGUUUAAGACUCUCUUUACACCCAUGAAUCAUGAAAUGUUACUCAAGUUUCAGUUUAUUCACAAAAAGUAUAAAGGGAGUUAAAAUGAAAAAUUUAAUUAAAAAGAUUCUUGAGCAAUUCAUUCAGAAGCCUUUUCCUUAAUCUAGCCACCAAAAUGGGUGUUAAAUCAGCACAGUUUGAGAACUUCGGUUACAGUUGUAUAUUCUAAUGAAUGGCAGUAACUCCUCGAAGCACAGGGUUGCAUAGCUGAACUGCAUAUUCGAAUUUAUAAAAUCAAAGUGGUUGCUUUCAUGAACAUGUUAUAUGUAUUAUACUGAGAAUUUUUUAUGAGAAUGAUUUACAUGAUCUGUUAGGUAUCAAAGAAAUGAUCCCAGGGUUAAUUUGGCUUUCAAUGAGUUUGUUUACUUUUAAACAUACAUAUAUGGUUUUUCAUUUUUAUUUUACUUAGUUUACAUGUUUUUAAUAAUUGUAAAGCGCUUAGAGCUUUAAGGUAAGGGCUAUAUAAAAAUGCCUAAAUAAAUAAAUAAAUAAAUAUAUAUAUAUAUUAGUGUCUGUCAAAGUAGCUUAAGCAAUUACUGCACUAUUUUAAAUUUGAGAUAUUAUUGUGAAAUCAUUUACUAUCAUUUUUUAAUAUCAAGACUAGUAAUAAGUAAUAACCCACCAAACAAUGAUGGCGGCUAUGCAUGAACUUCUUCUUAAGUUAUUUGACAAAACAUGGAUUCAAGUCAACAGUUUAUAUGAAACCCAAUUAGUGCUAACUUCUGGGAAUUUAUGCGCCCAUUGAACACAGCAUUACAGCCAUACAUACAUACCUAGAGAAUCAUCAUUUGUGAUCAUUAUGUUAUAUCAUCUAUAUGUGAUCUCAUUACUAUGUGAUAACAUUGUUUGAUGUCCUCACUAGGGAUUAGAAUUGUAGUUUACACAUUCCGAAAUGUAUCAAGACUUAGUUUGCUGUAGUAACAACUCCACAUACUGUAAAUUGAGCUAUUUUCCAUUUGUAAAACUUUUCUAUUUAAUUGCUAUUGACUCAGAAAAAUCCCUCCAUAGAUUCAUACAAUAUAUUUUAUACAUUGUAUACACCCGUUUGCAUGUGAAACUGAACUCUUUUUGGCAUAAGGAAAUUUAGAUUUUUAAUUUUUAACCAAAAAAUCAAAGGGUUAAACCAAUGUUUACAUAUCUGGACAUUACUAUACUGAGUUCGUAUUGUCAAUUAAGACUGGAUUUAAUUCUUUUUUUUUUAAACAUUAAAUUUACCCGAUUUCAUUUUAACUGUAUCCAGUUUUUUUUUUAUGCCCAAAUCAAGGAUGUUGAAACUCAG